AUGAGGGUAAAGUAAAUGAUAUUAAAUCAUCAACAGUUGAAUUAUAUCGUUGUGCUGAUAAAUAUCAAUUAGAUGAUCUAAGAUUACAAGCAGAAAUGGCAUUAAUGAGUUCAAUAUCAAUUGAUAAUGGUGCUGAAAUUUUAUUAUUAUCUGAUCAACAUCAUUCAAAAGAUUUAAAACAAAGAGUUAUACAAUUUAUUGUUAAUAAUUUAAAGGCUGUUACAACAACCGAUGGUUGGCAUAAAUAUGUCAGUUGUGUACCUGAACUAGUAACAGAAGUUAUUCAAGCAACUACACAAGAGUAA